AUGAGUGAUGCCCAAGAUCCUGCCACAAUCCCUGCGGUUGGCACCCAGGUGAAGCUGAGGGGCUGGAGCCGUCAAGGGGAGGGGGGUGAGUCUUUCCAUUUCCGCCGGCACGAGGAGCUCCAGGCCUUCCUCAGCCUUCUGGAGCACAGUUUCCUCCAGGAUUUCCUCUCCAAAGAUCCCUGUUUCCAGAUUUCAGAUAAGUAUCUCCUGGCCAUGGUGCUGGUCUACUUCCGGCGCGCCAACCUGCAGCUCAGCGAGUACACCCACAGCAAUCUGUUCCUGGCACUGUACCUUGCAAAUGACAUGGAGGAAGACCUGGAGGACCCCAAAAGUGUGAUUUUUCUGUGGGCCCUGGGCCAAGAUUGGCAUCAUCGAGUGUCAGACUUCCUGUGUCAGAGGGACAAGCUGUGGGCACGGAUGGGCUUCAGGGCCGUGGUGAGACGCCAGAGCUGCGAGGAGGUCAUGGCCAAGGAGCCGACCCACUGGGCCUGGACUCGAGAGAGACAUCCCCACCACGGCAGGGCUCAGAGGAGCUACCCAAAGGCCCAGAUCCCCCUCCCCCGGGGCCCCGGCCUCUCGCCACCCCACUGUCCCCUGUGUGGCUUGCCCCCUUGCCACAGCCACCGCUGCCACCACCCCUGCCCCUUGCCUGUCAUAUCCAAGUGCCCUUCCCAAAACCCUGAGCGGCACCGCCCUCCCUCCCAAGCUUGUCUCUCAGUGGCUGGAGACUCCUGGAGUAGGGCCUUCCUCAUUGUCCUGCCCACCCAGCUGCAACUGGAGCCAGGCACCUACACCCUCCACAUCUUCUCAAAGCUGCUGCCGUGCCCUCGGCGCUGACACUCGCAGGGUGAAGAACAGCCCGUCUGCUCCCUGCUGACCCAGUGCUCCACUGGCUGGGGCCCCUCCGGCCUCCUGUCUACUUGGCCUCAGGCUGGCAGGGCUGCCCAUGCCCCCUGCCCCUUCCUCCCUACCUGCAACUUGUGCGCACUCUGACCUGACUCCUCAAAUAAAUUCAUGUCCACAGGACACCAACUGUGCUUAGGCCCUAGUCUGGGUCCCUGACCCAGGGCGGGGGCAGGGAGGGAGCUACCGGGAGAGGGGCAUCUGCCACGUUUAGGUACCAGUGGUUGGAGACCCAUGAGCACAGGUCCUGUAAUAGCUCCUCUCCUCCCAUUCGUGACCAGUCAUCCUGAACCUGUUUCCCCUUUUUAACAUCCAUGUGGCUGGUGAGAUCCACACAGUGCAGAUGGGACUAAAUGAGAUGAGGUAUCUGCAGUCCUUAGAAGAGGGUCUGGAACCUCCUGGACAAAAAAAUGCUCAGAAGGAAAGCAGCUCCAUUGUCAGUCUAGAUAUGCCUGCAGGGUCAGGUCUGUUUAGGAAUGAGCCUUGGUCCUUGCUCUGGGCGGCAAUCGGAUAUAAUGUAAUUAUUAUAAUACAGGACCCCUCUCCCUUCCCCAAAGUAAGUUUGUUAAUUGGGGAGCAGGGAAGACUCACCCGAGGAGCUGGCAUUUGAACGGGGCCUUGAACAAUGUCAGGUUUGCCCGUGCUCGGGUGGUGGUGUUGGGGUGCUGGUGGUGAGGAACAGUGUUCUUGGAAAGACAGUCCAGAGUAGUGAUUAAGACUUAGUCUCUGGUGCCAGACAGCUUAAGUUCAAAGUCCAGGUUUAUGUGUGACUUUAGCCUGUUAUUUAAUCUCCUCUACUGCCUCAUCUGUAAAAUGGGUAUUACACUAAAAAGGGUGUCGGUUGAGAUUUGAAUGAGUUAAUCCUAGAAGGGUUUAGAACUAGGUUUCAAGAGUAGAGCUCAAAUGUGGGUGUUACUAGUAGAGGGAACUGCUGCCCAGAGAAAGGCUAGAGGGGAACGUACGUUUGGGGAGCGGCCGGAACACAAGACAGAGAAGUCUAAAGGGUCAGGUGGCAGAGGAAUCUGGACGUGAUUCCCCUGCCUCUCUAUGAGUGGCUCCCAAGAAGUAAGGAGGUAAAGCCUGGAGACUGCGACCGUUAGAAGCCAUGACGAGGACUGUAAAGUAUUUGUAAGAGUUUUUCAAAUAGGUAAUAUAUUCACAUGUAUGUUUUGAAUUUUGCACCAAGUGUCACCUUCUGCCCCUGACUCCCAGCCAUCUGGUUCCCCUUCCGGGAAGCAAUGAAAGUAAUAAUUCAUGUCCUGC